GUCCUUUCUGCAUCGACCAUUUUUAAUCCCGGUCCAAUCGACCAUGCAUGCUAGAUCCUAGACUUUAGAGCAUCUCAAUCCAUUGUCUGCCAUUACAGGGACAAUUGCCGUCCUUAUGGUCGCGGCUCUCUUCUUGCGCGCCUCUCAUCAGGCGGCGCGGCCAAUUGGCCUCCAACAUUGCCAGGCAACCGCCAGCCGAUUUGGUGCUAACAUGCCCAUUAUACAAGGCCCCAAAAGAUGGCAAUUUCCCAAGAUACAGAUGCUCUCAACAUCGGGGACGAAGUGGCAGGCGGAUACCCUUGAUCGGACUAGGAAUAUCGGCAUCAUCGCACAUAUUGAUGCCGGCAAAACGACCACCACCGAGCGCAUGCUCUACUACAGUGGCUUCACCAGACGGAUAGGAGAUGUGGACGAAGGGUCCACAGUCACUGACUUUCUGCCCGCUGAACGAGCUCGUGGGAUCACCAUCCAAUCUGCUGCGAUCACCUUCCAUUGGCCGCCUCAAGCGGCCGGUGAUCAGAAUGCAGCAGCUCAGCCUGACUCGCAGGUCCCACGGUCUGCCACUUCGCAUACAGUAAACCUAAUUGAUACACCCGGACAUGCAGACUUCACCUUUGAGGUUAUGCGGUCCCUACGCAUCUUAGAUGGUGCAGUGUGUAUUCUGGACGGCGUAGCUGGCGUCGAGGCUCAAACGGAGCGAGUCUGGCACCAGGCAAGCACCUAUCGUAUUCCAAGGAUCGUUUACAUCAACAAACUGGACAGAGACGGUGCAGCCUUUGGCCGUACAGUGAGGGAGGUUGGCUCCCGCCUGACAGGGUAUCCCGCUGUCUGCCAGAUUCCGUGGUUCAAGGGCGGCAAUGGCCGUUUUGUUGGUGUGGCCGAUGUGAUCAACUUGCAAGGUCUGCGUUGGGAGGAAGGCGAUGGAAAAUCGGUCAAAAUGUUCAACCUCCAAGAACUGGACAGCGAGGAAGGUCAGCUUGCACAGGAGCUCCGACGUGCAAGGAUAGCACUUGUUGAGCUGCUUAGCGAGCACGACGAGACCAUGAUCGAGAAAUUUUUUGAACAUGACGAGGACCACCUUGCGGUUCCCCCCAUCGACAUCCUAGACAGUUUGCGCCGGUGUCUUCUACAAGAGCAGAGUAGGAAAGUUAUUCCCGUCUUUGCAGGAGCUAGUUUCCGCAACGUUGGUGUCCAGCCUCUGCUCGACGCCGUGACAAACCUCCUUCCCAGUCCCCUCGAGACUCCGGAUCCAGAAGUGAGCAUCGGGCACGUCAGCGGAGGUCUUCGCAGUCUGCUCUCCGGUGAUUUGUUGGUUAAACAGAGCGAAAAAGCAGCCUCCAAGGGCAAGCAGAAGAAAAAGUCUGUCCUCCAAGCCGAAUCCCAAGAUCCUAUCGCCAAGCUUCAGAGCUGUGCCCUGGCCUUCAAGGUCGUCAAUGACGCAAAGCGAGGAGUUCUGGUUUAUGUGCGUGUGUACUCGGGAUCCCUGGAUCGGAACAGCGCUAUUUUCAACACCAACCUCAAGGUCUCCGAGCGUGCACCGCGCCUCCUAAAGAUGUACGCUAACGAAGCCAUCGAGGUGGAAUCCAUCCCAGAAGGACACAUCGGUGUCGUGGCUGGCCUCAAACAUGCCCGAACUGGAGAUACACUGGUGUCUUAUGCAGGCAACAAAUUGACGCCGCCAGAACCCCUUGACACCCUCCAACUACGUCCGAUCCAGGUCCCACCCCCUGUCUUCUUUGCCAGCAUCGAACCACACAGUCUGAGUGAGGAGAAGAAGAUCCAAGAAUCACUGGCCCUGCUCCUGCGCGAAGACCCCAGUCUCCACGUCACUGUCGAUGAAGACUCCGGACAAACCCUACUAAGCGGCAUGGGCGAACUCCAUCUCGAAAUUGCCCGAGACCGCCUGAUCAACGACCUCAAGGCCAAAGCCUCAAUGGGUCGCAUUGAGAUCGGCUACCGUGAAUGUCCACUUGGCGAGUCGCCCGUUGUGAGCAAAUUCUUCGACAAGGAUAUCGCCGGCCGCAAAGGCAAAGCCGGCUGCACAGCAGCAGUAGAACCGUUUGACCCGGACUACUCACCUCAACUUCCUGAAGACGCCCUGUCAAUCGAAACCAAAGAUGGCAACCAAAUCAUCAUCCUCGCCCCAGAACUACAAGUCGAAACCAGCCGCAAAGGCAUCCAACAAAGUCCCCUGCUACCCGCCGGUCUUGACGUCCACACCUUCCGCAGCUCCCUCCAAAACGGCUGCCUCGCGGCCCUUGCUCGCGGCCCUCAAUUCACCUUCCCCAUGCACAACACCCGCGUCACCCUCACCUUCGACCCAACCGAGCACCUCUUCGGUACCGACACCACUUCCUCGGCCCUCUCCUCCGCAGCACGUCUCGCCACCUCCACCGCCCUCCGCGAACUUGCCUCCUCCGGCCCAGGCACCUCCCUCAUGGAACCCGUCAUGAACGUAAUCAUCAGCGUCGACGAAGCCAGCCUCGGAGCCGUCGUCCACGACAUCUCCUCCUCUCGAGGCGGCCACAUUGUCUCCCUGGACGAAGAAAUCCCCAUCACCUCCACCGACCUCUCCCCAUCCCCACAACCAGUCGACGACCUCCCACCCAUUAACCCGAGCAAGAUAUACGCCCCUCCGGACCCAUUCGAAACAGCCUCCAUCGGCGCGUCCAUCCCCGACACAGCUAACAGACCCAGAACCAUCACAGCAAAGGUCCCCCUCAAAGAAAUGGUGGGAUACCUGAAACAUCUGCGCAGCUUGAGUGCCGGCCGCGGUACGUUCGUGAUGAGCGUCGAUCGAUUCGAGAAGAUGAGUUCGCCACGACAGAAGGCUGUUGUGACAGAAUUGAGAGGCGGGUUCUAUUAGUUUCCUGUCCCUCUGUUUCCCUCGGUCUCUUAGGCUAUCCUCCUCCUGAUGUGUUGUAUAAUAAAAAAUGAAAUUUUG